CAAAAAGAUUCAUAUAAUAGAUCUAAAAAAAAUUAUUCAUAUAAUUGAGACCUAUUUACAAGAAUCAAGAUCGUUGUAAAAAAUGAUUCCCCAAACAUUGUUUUCCAAAAAGCUAGUUUUUGUAAAAUAUGGAUUUUUAUGAACAACCAUUGAAAAAAUAAGAAAAUAAAAAACGAAAUUGACGCAGCAGAGACAAGUGGACACGUAAGCAGUCCAAGUAGUGGCGCAGCCGCACUAUAUAAUCCGCCCGGCACUUGCCUCUGCAAAACCCGGCUGCGGCUUUCUCCUUUCCAGUGUUGGAGAAAGGAAUAGGAAAAGAGGGAAAAUAGAAGUUAUCGAACAAAAUUUGCCCAACCGAAAGAAAUUAAAAAUUACAUACACAAGUUGCAGAGGAACAAAGCUAUCCGUUCUUCUUCUCAGUAGUCAGUACAACCGUUGUAUUGGGCAGAGUGGGAGGGCGGCCAAAACCCUAAGUCUCAUUGCUGUUUCAAGAUUUCAAUCCUGUCAGGAAACUCGUAUAAAUCCAGGAAUGGCACUCUUUUCGCAGGCUGGUCCAUCGUGUACCCUCCCUAGGGAGUUUGUGCAAUGCAAAGCAGGACAAGGUGCCCUUUUUGUCGCACCUAACAGUAGAGAGUCAUCUGAUCUUAGAUUUUCCUCACCAUCAUGCAAGAAACCCGGGUUGCUAAGGUUGCAUACUCCGGCCAAAAGAAGCCGUCGUGUAGUUGUUAAUGCAAGCCCUCCUACAGAAGAUGCUGUGGUUGCUACAGAGCCACUAACCAAAGAGGAUCUUGUAGGAUACCUUGCCUCUGGUUGCAAGACUAAAGAAAAUUGGCGGAUAGGCACAGAACAUGAGAAGUUUGGUUUUGACAUUGGAACUUUACGUCCUAUGAGAUAUGAGCAAAUUGCGGAGUUGCUUAAUAGUAUUGCUGAGAGAUUUGAUUGGGAUAAAAUAAUGGAAGGUGACUACAUCAUAGGACUGAAGCAGGGGAAACAGAGCAUAUCACUAGAGCCUGGUGGUCAGUUUGAACUUAGUGGUGCACCUCUUGAAACAUUGCAUCAAACUUGUGCUGAGGUCAACUCACACCUGUAUCAGGUAAAAGCUGUUGCUGAAGAAAUGGGAAUUGGAUUCCUAGGAAUUGGGUUCCAGCCUAAGUGGGGAAUCAAAGACAUACCUAUCAUGCCCAAGGGAAGAUAUGAUAUCAUGAAGAACUACAUGCCUAAAGUUGGCACAUUGGGACUAGAUAUGAUGUUCAGGACAUGCACUGUUCAGGUUAAUCUGGACUUCAGUUCUGAAGCUGACAUGAUAAGGAAAUUUCGCGCUGGUCUAGCAAUGCAACCGAUUGCGACAGCUCUCUUUGCAAACUCACCUUUUACUGAAGGAAAGCCAAAUGGUUAUCUCAGCAUGAGAAGCCAUAUUUGGACUGAUACUGACAAUAACCGCUCUGGGAUGUUACCUUUUGUCUUUGAUAACUCGUUCGGAUUUGAGCAGUAUGUUGAUUAUGCUCUUGAUGUUCCCAUGUAUUUCGUUUAUCGGAACAAGAGAUAUGUUGACUGCACUGGAAUGUCAUUCCGGGACUUUCUGGCUGGAAAGCUUCCUUCCCUGCCUGGUGAAUUGCCGACCCUUAAUGACUGGGAGAAUCAUUUGACAACAAUAUUUCCAGAGGUUAGACUGAAAAGAUACUUGGAGAUGAGGGGUGCUGAUGGAGGACCCUGGAGACGGUUGUGUGCGUUGCCUGCAUUUUGGGUAGGACUGUUGUAUGAUGAGGACUCCCUUCAAAAUGUUCUUGACAUGGUAGCUGAUUGGACGCCUGAAGAAAGGCAAAUGUUGCGUGAUAAGGUUCCAAGGAUGGGGUUGAAGACUCCAUUUCGAGAUGGAUUUCUAAAGCACAUUGCUGUAGAUGUUGUGCAGAUGGCCAAGGAUGGAUUGGAAAGAAGAGGGUUCAAGGAAGUUGGCUUCUUGAACGAGGUUGCAGAAGUAGUCAGAACAGGUGUGACUCCGGCUGAGAAGCUUUUGGACUUGUACAAUGGGAAAUGGGGACAAUCAGUUGAUCCUGUUUUUGAGGAGCUUCUCUACUAAAUUGCUGCAAUUAGGUUCUUUCACUAGCACUUUCCGAUGGCUGCUACUUUUGUGUGUAAAAUACUUUUGUCCUCCCAAGCCUUUUUGCAAUAAUCAUUGCGGUGGGUUUCUGGUUUCUCUCAGGAGACCAGUAGAUAACCCCACAAGAAUAAGUUCCCCGUGCUGAUGUAUAUCCUUGGAGGAGGACUCUCUCCAACAGGGCUCUCCUCCUGGAAUGUAGCUUAAGAUACCUGUGUUGAAGUGAUGAACUAGUUAAUGUGUUCAGCUCCAUGAACCUCAUUUAUGCUAGAACAUGGUCUUUCCAUGGCCAUUUUGUGGAUCUGGUCUGGUUAACUUUACAAACUUGGUUGGUGU